UGCAGGCUUUGGGAGGGGACACCCAGCCCCAGGCUGCUCUGUUUGCAGGGUGCUGGGGACACCCUUUUACCACAACACGUCUGCACGAAGGCGGCUGCUCAGGUGUCAUAGGCGGUCAUAUCAGUGCCUGCACUCGGUCACACUGCCAGGCACAGGCAGAGCGAGAACAGGAAGGGGGAGGGCAGAAAGAGAUAAAAAAUACAACAGAGGAAUGAGUCACCAGCCCAGACAAAUCGCCUCCCAGUCACUAAAAUUAAGCUGGAGAGAGUGGUCCCAGUGGUACAAUGGAUCUGGCAGCUGUGAGCACCUGCCUUGCUGAUGCAUUGCAGGGACUUGAGAAGCAGAAGUGCUAUGGGGUGGCUGCCACCGCCACCGCUCGUGGGUGGGAGGACGGCUCUGGGUGAGAUGAUUGGCAAUGCAAAAUCCUGCAGUCCUGAGAGGGUAUGGGGAGCUGUGGACUCAAGCCAGCUCGCCUCUCCUGGAUGCAGCGCUGCUGCUGAGUUCCAAAGACUGUGUCCUGCACAAGUGGGUGGUGUGGGCUGUGUCAGCAGCAACAUACCAUGGCAAAGCCUCUGGAGUACCCUGCUGCCAGGGAAACUUCUGAGAGUUCAGUGCAUGGCUGCGUCCGGGUACAGCAGAUCAAUGUAGUGAUAAUGGUCCAGACAAUGCUUUCAGUUAUAUAGUCUGAUUUUUGAAUGGUUCUGUGUGGAGCCAGGAGCCGGACUCGAUGAUCCUUAUGGGUCCCUUCCAAUUUGGGAUAUUCUGUGAAUCUGUGGUUCUCUGGAACUCUAGCCACUGGUAUCUGCAAAAUAGCCCUGGAGGACGUCCUGCAGCAGCAAGUUCCACAGAUUGCACAUGAGCUAUCAAAUGAAUUACCCAAGCGCCAUUUAAGGUAAUGUAAAUUGUGUCAACACUAAUCCAGAGAAGCAGAAACAAUGUCUGGGCUUGUACCUGUGGGAGGGCAAGGGACAGAAAGCCUUUGAGAUUGGGAUGCAGCCUCCCUUCAACACUAAACUAAACAUUACUCAAAACACUAAAUUCCCACUCUCCCUCUGGUUUCCAAGCUCUUGCCUUCACAGUGUGUUGAAUGCUCUGUCCCCUAUUGCAUGCAGCAAUGCAGAGAGAGGAGAGGCUUGCUAUAUGGAUGGAAAAAAACUGGCAUAUCUGCUUGCCAGUGGAGGGGCACAAGCUGAGCUCUCCUUCCAUCACAGCCUGUGCAGCUUGCACAGCCCCUGUUGGAAUUGCUGAGAAUGGGGCAAGGCUCCAGGCUUGUCAGAGGCGAUUGUCCUCUUCUCUCAUGUAACUGUGAUGGGAAGAGAGGGAAUGGCCUCAGGCAGGGGAGGUUCAGGUUGGAUAUCAGGAAACAUUUCUUCUCUGGAAGAGCAGUGCUGCACUGGCACAGGCUGCCCAGGGAGGUGGUGGAGUCACCAUUCCUGGAGGCAAGCAAGAACCAUGCGGAUGUGGCACUGAGGGACAUGGUCAGUGGGCAUGGUGGGGGUGGGCUGACAGUUGCAUUUGAUGAUCCUAGUUGUCUUGUCCAACUUGACAAGCCCUACAGAGGGUAGCUGGCAUGGGGGGACCUCUGCCAUUGUGUGUUUUUAUUUCUAAGGCACUAUUUCCUGGGCUGCUUGUGCAGCACUGCAGCUACCUGCCCUGCCAUGACAAAGACAACCACUGGGUGCUGCCCAUGCCAUUCCUUCCCCAGUGAGGUCUCACAGCCUUUGUGUCUCCAGACAACAGCAUUGCCAAGACUUCAGUUAUCCUGACAGCUUUGUAACUUGGCUUCACCUGUUCACCUUUGAGGAGCACUGGCUGGACAUAAAAUUGUUCAAACACUUUUGGAAGUCCGGUUUUUAGGCCACAGAUAAGUUCUGCUCACAGAGAUGCUCUCUGCUUGUGUUGAGGCUUGAACAAGCCCAAAUGCCCAUAACACCUGUGCCACAUGUCAAGAGCUGGAUGACUACACAGCACAAGGAGUUACAGCUGCGGGAUGCAGCAUAGAGAAGUGAUGAGAAGUAUAGGGAAGCACUCAGAGCAGGGAAUGAGAUGGGGAAGUCCUAAUUUCCUUCUUGGAGAAGUGCUGUCACAAAGGAACUUAAUUUUUUACCCUGCCUCUUUUAUUCUGGAUCUGCCCCCUGCAGCACAGAUGCAAACUAGUGGGAGAGUUUGGGGCUGUCAAGUUAUUAUUUUUUUCCCAAAGAAGGUGUAAAAUACAUGGGAUUCUGCAAGGAGCCAAGGGAGGGAGAGAGCUAAGACAAACAGCCCCCUCUUUGCCCAUCUACCUCCCUGCUUGUGGGGUAGAGCAGAAGCAAGAAGCAUUUGCAUGCUCAACACCACCCCUAUUCCCAAGCCAGAAGGGUUUGCUGUGUCCCUGCAGCAAUGAGCAGCACUGGUCCUGCCUACAAGACACUGGCAGCAGGUUGCUCCUCUGGGGGGAAGAAGGGGGGGGAUUGCAGAGUGCUUUGCACUGCCACCCCCAUCUCACAGAUCAGAACCUGGCAGAGCCGAGCCACCCCCAGCCACACCAUCUCGCACCACACAGAUGCUCUCUGCAUCCCUCUCAUCUCCCCUCCACCCCCUCCUUCCACCCUGCUCCUCCGUCACCGCACCCGCUGUCUCCCACCCCCACCCCCUGCGCUCUCCUCCUCUCUCCUCACUCCCCUCCUGUAUCUCUCCCCUUUUUUUUUCUCCAUUCCCCUCCUUUCUCCCUCUUCUGCCUUUCAUCCUUUUCUCCCAUCGCUCAGCCCCUCAUUCUCAUUCUCUGCCGCCGCUCCUGCGCCGGGUGCCCAUUGGUUGUCAGGAUCCGUCCCCCACCAGCUGCCACCCAUCUCCAUCUGCCGCCCCUGGCCGCCCAGCCCCCCUCUCUGCAGAUGGACGGUGGACCAGGAGACUUGUCGGGGUCCUCCAAGCCACCAACGUGGGGCUGAGGGUCCUGGCACCCCCGGAUGGCCACGGCCACCGGUGGGCCCUGGGGGUGAGGUGGAGACGUCCCGCAGCAGUCAGGGAUGGAGCGAUGGGCAGGUCCAAGGAAGAAGGACUUGUGGCUCUGCUGAUAGGACCUUUUAGACUCCCUCCCUUCUGGGACUGCUUUCCUUUAAAAAGGGGAAGGGGAAAACUAUGUCACGGAUUCUCACGAUGAAGCAGAGGAAAAUGUGCAUUCCAACGACACGUAAGUACCAGGCAGCUCUGUCUGCUCUUCCCAGCUGUCUCCCGCGGGCAUGAGUCCAUGCAGAAGUUAACUCUGCCAUCCCACAGAGGAAACAUUCUGACCCCCAUCUCUGCCAGCUCCAUGCCACCUUGCUCACCCCACAGUGAGGCUGGGGCCAUCCUGAGCUGGAACAGGACCAUGGGAAACAAGGUGGGCAGGUGGGGAGGGUGGCAAGAAGGUAGCAAGUUAAUGGGCUCAGUGGUCUCUCCUGGCUUUUAGCCCUGCUUUGUAGACAUGCUUUAGCAUCCUCCUCCUCCCAGUCAAUGCAGAAAUGUAGAAAAAAAAAAAAUAUAUAUAUAUAUAUAUAUUUAAAUUGGUUGCACCAACUCCCAGCCUCCUCCUAGCUCUCUGCCCACACCUGCUCUCCAGCUGUAUGGACCAGAUGUAUUCUGGCAGCACCUGUUGGGAGACCCCAACCUCCUGCAACAGAUGCUGUCCACAUCAUUAGGGACAGACCCCAAGCAGAUGCCAACACACUUCCAAUCUGAGACCAGUUUUCCUCACCGAUUUCUACCUAUGUGGGUGCUGCCAAAGCAGUGUGGAUCCAGCCCAAAUGAGGUACUGAUGUCCUGUGGUUGUUCUGUCAAACUAGCCAGAGCAUGUGAUGUGGAGUUGGAGCUGGUAGAUGGUGCCUGACAAAGUUAGGGGGGAACAGAUUGACCACCCCUGCUUAAAUACAAAGUUUGCCCACCACGGUUGUAUGAGCAAGAGAAUUAAUCUUCUGCUCUUCAUAGUGAAUUAGUAUUUCAUAUUGCAUGUUUUAGCAUUUUUAUAGGGUUUUUGGACCUCUGAAGCUGUCUUUAAUGUAUUGCUAAACAACAACCUGAACCACCAGCUUUGAAGUCAGGACCCCAGACAUUUCCCCCUGUACUUUUCACACUAUCACAGGUGUCCUCAUUUGUAUUAGUCAUUCAUGGGGCUUUAUCUCCAAAUGCCUUUUUGCCUUUUUGGAAAUUCCCGUGCAUGCAGAAGGAACAUCCACAGGGAUUUCUAACAAUGUCCUCAGAUUUUAGAGGACCAUCUUUUUACGUACACAUUGUUUUGUUCUCUGCCAGUGUUUCCCCAGAGCAGACACAGUCCUCCUCUUUCAUGCAACAAGGGUUAGUGGGCACAUGUGUCACUGGAACAGCAGUGGAGAAAAAUCUCACAGAAAAGAUCUUAGAGCUUAGAAACAAGAGUGUCAAAUCACUUCCUACUCUGUCCAUUCAUUGCAGCCACUCCUGAUGUGUGGGACAGCCCAGUACUGCAGAACCCCAAGAGGCAGUUGUCCAUCAGGACAGCGUGUCACAGCCCAAGGCACCUUCAGAUAAAGAAAUGCAAACAAUUCCAGUCCUUCAAAGCUCACUUAAGUAUAGCAGGAAACAUUUAUGGAAUAGCCAGUGGUAUUGGGCUUAAGACAUAGUUGCCCAGUUGCUUUUUCUUGUGGUCUGUUAGAUGAGGUUCUUUCAACCUCAGGCCCCCUUUGGCCUGAGGUUUCCAAAAACUGGAAUGACAACAACAAUAAAGACCAAAAGCUGUACUAUCAAGAUGUAUAUGAACAACAAUGGGAUCUUCUGUAGAAUCCAAUGGGGAGAAAAGUUUCUGGAGCGCUUCUGGCCUCCUGAAGGGAGUUAAUAUUUGGAGUUCUUUCCUUUGAGAUCUCCAGGUUUCAUAUCAAGAGUAAAAGAGCUUCAGAACCCUGAGAUAUCUGUGUAAAGGGGAACCUCAGGUCCCUGUCCUCUUCCACCGAGCCAUCAUAAUUUCCAAGGAGCUGAUUCAUAAGGAGGGUGACCCUGCCAGUUCACAUCUCCAGAAAAUUUUGCUAGGGCUGGAGUGACCCUGAAAGCAUCACACAUCUGCCCUGCAUAAGGUAUGCCAGGAUGUCUCUGGUUUGGACUCUGUUACAUUUCUAGAGCCCUGACUAAAGACAGAAAGCGUGCCCUCCCCUUCUCUGUCUCUCCUCUCCCUGCAACUUCACUCCCAGUGUCAGCAGAGAGCUGGUAGAGGACAGAGAGUUUGUUUGUUCAAAGCUCUCUCUGAGUGAGCUGAGAGUGCGGUUUCCAUGCCAAACCCUGAUGUGAUGGGCAAUUGGGCAACUCAGAUUAGGAAGCCUGGGACACUGCUUUGGUGUUGUGAACAGCUGGGGCAGACAGAGCCUGUUCAAUUAACGGUGUUUUUCAGGGUGCAAGAGGAGAGAGAGAAACCAAGCCAAAGAGACAAGGGAUAGAAAUGUGCUGAUCCCUCCUGAAGUACCCAAAAUAAUGAAGCUCUUAUUUUACUUUCAAACUAACAUAACACAAAACAGCAACUCUCCAGCUCAGGUGCUGAGCUCAGCAUCAGGGCUUGAAAUAAGAGCGGAGAUGUUUUGAUUUCUGCUGGUGAGGCUAACAACCCCAUGGUGACCUCACAAAUCCAAAAUGAGCUUCAGCAAGCAAGAAGAAUACUCAAUGAAUGGGGGAUCCAAAGAUGCCCCAGGCACUUCAUCGCUGGAUACCUCUCCCACUUUUGUUGAUAAGGUUGCUAACUGAUCCUGUGGGGAGACUGCCCUCACCCUCUUUCCUGCCUCUGCUAUGGACUCUUCUGCUUUCAGCCUCCCCACGCCGACAGUGUCAGAGGAGGGGAAUGCCUCUGGUAGCUGGGCAGGCUUCACCACCCCCAACAGCUCCACCACCACCAGCCCUGGUGUGGUUGUCAGCGGUGUCCUCAUCCCUGUGGUCUACCUCAUCGUCUGUGUGGUGGGGCUAAUUGGGAAUUCUCUGGUCAUUUAUGUGGUCUUGAGGCACUCCGUGAGUGAAUCAGUGACCAACGUCUACAUCUUGAACCUGGCCCUAGCUGAUGAGCUCUUCAUGCUGGGUCUGCCAUUCCUGGCAGCACAAAAUGCCCUGUCCUACUGGCCAUUUGGGUCCUUCAUGUGCCGCUUGGUGAUGGCUGUGGAUGCCAUCAACCAGUUCACCAGCAUCUUCUGCCUGACAGUGAUGAGUGUUGACCGCUACCUGGCUGUGGUCCACCCUGGGAAGUCCUCCAAAUGGCGAACAGCACGAGUGGCCAAGGCUGUGAGCGCCACUGUGUGGAUGCUGUCAUCCAUAGUGGUGCUGCCCGUGGUGGUCUUCUCAGACGUCCCCUUAGGUAUGAGCACAUGCCACAUCCAGUGGCCAGAACCUGCCUCAGUUUGGCGAGCUGGCUUCAUCAUCUACACUGCCACCUUGGGCUUCUUUGGGCCACUGCUGGUGAUUUGUCUCUGCUAUCUUCUCAUUGUAGUGAAGGUCCGUUCCUCUGGCAGGCGGGUGAGGGCUCUGUCCUCUAAACACAAGCUCUCAGAGCGCAGGGUGACUCGCAUGGUGGUGGCUGUUGUGGCUGUCUUCGUCCUCUGCUGGCUCCCCUUCUAUGUCCUCAAUAUAAUCAAUGUUGUUUGUCCACUGCCAGAGGAGCCGUCCCUCUUCGGUGUCUAUUUCCUCGUGGUGGUGCUGCCAUAUGCCAAUAGCUGUGCCAACCCUAUCAUCUAUGGCUUCCUCUCCUACCGCUUCAAGCAGGGCUUCCGGAGGGCCAUCUUCAGGCCGUCCCGCCGCAUCCAGAGCCAGGAAGUGCCAGAAUGUCCCCCAGAGAAGUCUGAUGAUGGAGGGGAAGAGAAGGAGAUCAGCAAGAUCACCCAGAAUGGCAAUGACAGGCAGGAACACCCUCUAAGCAGCAGAGCAGGAGAAAGCAAUGAGCAAAAACCACUCCCUGAGGAGCCUGUGGACUGUGAGAAGAGCAGCAAGUUGCAUGUCAGCUAUUUAUGAUGAAAGGGAUGGUGCAGGGGAAAGAGACACUGGGACAUGGGAUCCCUUUCACCCUCUGUGCUAUUCUAUCUCAGAGACAAAGGGAGAGGUUGAUAGAAGGCAAUACUGAAGAUUAUGCUUAAAGAUGAAGAGGGCUCCAUGAGCCUGUGGAAAAAAAGCAAAGCAUUGUACUUGGCUUUGGUAGAGACACCAAAGUUUUGCGAGGCAAGAAGUAAAUGAAGGACUGGAUCCAGGGAAAGCUGAACAGGUGAUGGGAACAGGCAAUAAGGAGAGAGCAAGUUCUGUCCUAUGCUGCAUGAUCCAAUCUUUGAUCAUCCACCUAGAAAGAGCAUCAGCUACCAUGUGACCGGCACUUCAAGGGAGUUCAAAUAGGUAUAUGUGAUGUGUGCCUCUGAAGAUCUAGAACAGGCAUCCCAGUGCCUUGGCUAUCUUCCUUAUGGACAAGAGAAGCAGUCUACCCUGAAGGAAGAACAGGAAAGACAAAUCUCUGCAGCUAAGACCUAUCACCAGCCUGUUGCAUGAAUGGCUGACAUUUCUCUAGCUCUUCAAAAUGUCUUAGGGAUAGCUUACUCCCUCACUGGUCCUGGCUGGAAACCACUCAAUGAUGAGAAUUACCUGGCAGAGCAAAUGGGACAUUUAUUUCCCAAAUUCUACAAACUUCAAGCUUUCCUGGUGACUGAGUCCUGAUGGAAGGUGUUACAAGAGUAGAAAAGCCAGUGAGGCAUGGGUUGGAGGCAGAACUUCUUAGAAACUGACAUGCCUUUUCCCUUUUUCUCUCCCUCAGCCUGGCUGUAAAUAAACAAAACGC